UUUAUUUAUUAUUUGUUAGUGAUUUUUCUCAAAAUAGGAGAAGUAUUAUGACAAUAAGCUCAAGAGAGCAAGAAGAAAAAAAGGCAAAAGUUCUGAUAGAUAGAAAUGUUGUCCCUACUAAUUUCGAAAAAUGGUCAAAACCGGGACAUUUUUCUCGUAGUUUAGCUAAAGGUCCUAAAACUACUACAUGGAUCUGGAAUCUACAUGCAGAUGCUCAUGAUUUUGAUAGUCAUACAAAUUCUUUAGAAGAGAUAUCUCGUAAAAUUUUUAGCGCUCAUUUUGGUCAAUUAGCGGUAAUUUUUAUAUGGUUAAGUGGUAUGUACUUUCAUGGUGCCAAAUUUUCUAAUUAUGUAGCUUGGCUCAAUAAUCCUAUUAACAUAAAACCAAGUGCACAGGUUGUUUGGCCUAUUAUAGGUCAGGAAAUUUUAAAUGCUGAUGUUGGUGGAGGAUUCCAAGGAAUUCAAAUUACUUCUGGACUCUUUCAAUUAUGGCGAGCAUCAGGAAUUACUAAUGAAAUGCAACUAUAUGUAACUGCAAUAGGUGGAUUGUUUAUGGCCAGCUUAAUGCUUUUUGCAGGUUGGUUUCAUUAUCAUAAGGCUGCGCCUAAAUUGGAAUGGUUUCAAAAUGUUGAAUCAAUGUUAAAUCAUCAUUUAGCAGGCUUAUUAGGUUUGGGUUCACUUGGGUGGACAGGGCACUUGAUUCAUGUUUCUUUACCAAUUCAAUAAAUUACUUGAUUCAGGUAUUGUGCCAGCUCAAAUACCACUCCCUCAUGAAUUUAUUU